CGGGCGAGAUUGUUGCACUGUCAGCACACAUCUAAAUCUAAUCAUGAAUAAGAUCACCACUCCUCUGCCUCUAAAGAUGGCUAACAUGGCGGAAUCAUCACCAAUGAUGCAAAUAUUUUUAAUAGGAUUUCAUCAUCAGAAAGGAUCAACAGUAGAGUACUCUUACCCUCCCAUCAAUACUACAGACACAGCUUCAGCUAGCCUGACGGAAUCACUCCCUCAGCAAUGGAGGUCUCUACCCCACAUUGCCCUCCCAGAUGGCUGCCAUAACUACAGAGAAGGACACGUCACAUUUACCCUCCCAACUGAAGACGGGGUCGUAUAUGGUGUCAGUUGCUAUCGUCAGAUUGACUCAAACGAAUUAACAUCAGUAUCAAGCGAUAUCACGAGAUCAACCGUACAGAAAUCAAUAUGCGUGAUAUCAAAAUGGCCGAUAUACGACUUCCUCAUAUCAAAGGUAGAACUAACGAUUCAUGCGUAUUUCAAUGCAAAGGAUCUCAAUGACAGAGAACUACUGAUUCACACGUAUCAUAAUCUCAAUGCUACACUCACACUUGAUUUAGCUCUUCGUGCCUGCUGUCAUAAUAAUAAAUUGGCAGGACUGAUUGAGCUCUACCAACACAGCAUACUUCAAUUAUUUAAAGCAGUUUUAUUAGAGAAGAGGGUUCUUGUAUACGGACAUAAUCCGAGUGAUGUUAGUCAUCUUGUGACAUCGCUCCUCUCCCUUUUCCCUCUUUAUUAUCAAUCCUUGAUUGACCAAUCAUUAGUGAAUGAAUACGGAUUACCAUUAAAGACUAAACUUUACGUACAGCCAUACCUUCCAUUGCAAGAGUUGAGACAGUUAUCAUCACUUGAGGACGAGAGGGGCAUGUUGGUGGGUGUGUCUAAUCCGCUGUUUUAUAAAAGAGCUAGCGAAUUGUGUGACAUUUGCUUUGUGAUGGAGACUAAAGCAAUCGAGAUUCACAAGACUAGUUUGUAUGCUUCGCUGAACCUCUCAACAGCUGAUCUAAGGUUUUGUACAUUAAUUAAAGAGGGUGUGGCGUCAGGAGAUGAAAGAGGAACAAGGGGCAGUGUUCCUUCGGAGAGUGCAACUAUUACAAAUUGGAAUGGAAGUGUAGAAUGGAUACAAGCCCAAUUCAAGUCAUACCUACUUUCUUUACUCUCGUCUGUUCGUAAUGGCAAUCCGGACACACUAAAUGACUUUAAUUUACAUUUUGUUCAAAGUUUCUCAAAGACGUUCUCGUAUCGUAAGUGGGUUGAGUCAGUUCCACAAACUGUGGUUCAGCCUGGCCACGUGUGUCAAGGAGAUCUUUCCUUUAGUGACAUUAAACAUCAUUUACUUGUUGAAGCAACUGAGCUAGUCGGAUCAGACAAUGUAGAGAAAUUAGUGCGUAAAACAGGUGACUUAAAGAACAGUGUUAGUGAGAAGGUGAGUCAUUGGUGGCAUUGGAGCUCAUCUGCAGUGACUAAUCUACUAGGAGCAACUGCAGAAUCAGAUAGUGAUGAUUAAGAAGAGACGCAACACUCAAUAACAUGUUUAUUACCAAUAAUUAUCCAAAUUAUUGUUAUAAUAAUUAUUUAGUAAGAUCAUUAUCUUUUCUCAGA